GAGUCCCUUUGUGGCAAGCAACGGCACUUGGAGGGUUCCACGGGAUCUCUGAUUCUAGAGAGUCAACUAAGAUCCUUACUGUCUGGCUUCGUCGACGUCGACAACUUACCUUCUUCAAAUGGACUAAACACUCUCAAUGACUUGCGGCAAAGCUUGGAGAUGCUAUCCGAUGUGGUUUUCUCGGCGGAAACCUCCCUCAAGCCUGCCGCUAUCUUGUAUCAGGCCGCCAAUCUGGUGGAAGAACUAUCCGUCAGCUUCGACAGAACGCCCGUGAAUAGAUGGAUAUCGAUACCCAGUAUCUUACUCGAAAAGGAUCCCCCAACCCAGGGAAAUAAUGACUGCCGGUCCACCUCUAUAGACCUUGAAAAACCGAUGCCCCUCGGCAGCUGGUUUCUUUCAUUUGAUUCUAGGAUGAAGGCCUCCGUUAAGUCAUAUAAGUCUUGUUUAGAGUGCCAAAAUGGAACGAGAUACUCGACUUCGGAGCAGGCACUUCAACAUCGUGCGUUGUGCCAUUCUGACCAGCACUGUCGCCUUGAGUUCGAGAGGAGGUGUCCCAACGACUCUACCGAAUGGGUCAUGCUUACCGCUGGGGUAAAAAUAUCAAGCCUGUUCGAAAAGCUGAGAAAAGGAUGGUCGACAAGAGACAGAAUUGAUUGUUGGAUGUUGGAUGUUCUACACAAGUCAGAACAUCUCCUGGUUGUCUUUAGAUGCAGCGCCUUCCUUGAUAUAUCGUCGAACUUCUCGAGUAUCACGGCGCAAGCAAGCCAAAGCAAUACCACGAGUUCUCGGUUAUGGGGCAGUAUGUGGACUCCGGAUUUGCUUGGAGCUUUCGAAAAACAGGUGGAAGCUUUGGACUCUUCUUCUUGUACAAUACAGUCCGACGGGGCAGUAUACAGCCAUCGUGAUGAUGCGGUCUUCGAGGGAGAACAAUUCUGGGACGACCUCGGUAUUAAUGUUGCUUCGUACGACAUACUGGUUAUCAAGAACCUCAAGUAGACUUCCCGGGCGCAAGCUGUAUAGACGAAGUUGAUUUCAAUCUCUAGUCAUCAUCGCAAUACCUAGGUGUUUCUUGGGAAAUCUCCCCAUAUUGUUACCAAAACCCGGUAGCUCACUGCCUCUACUGGUGUCAUCAACUUUCCAAUAAAUCCCGAUCGAAUCAACGGAUAUCUCAGGC